CCCCUUCUACAUCGCCAGUCUUCGUGUGCUCCGAUGUAAGCGCAAGCUACUCAAGAUUUCUCUACAUUUUACACAUUUUAAUAAUGACAGAAAUUAUUUUAAACACACGUCAUCGUACAGUACUUGUAAGAUAAAGUAAGUGACAUCUCCGCUUUAACUGUUAUAGCGCCUACAUGCUGCGGAUGUACAUAAAUACCCAUUUACCACGGCGUGUUGCUUGCUAAUGUAAACAAUAACAUGUUAUCAGUAUAAAGCACUUGACAGUUGUUGGGUGUCGCCGAGCUUUUUGUGCAACCACACCCUCUCUGCAGCAGUGUUGGUCAAGAUGCUGGUUUUGUUGUUCCUCAAAGAGCCAAGAGAUUGAGACUCUGGGCCUGAUCCUUAUAACAUGCUAGCUGAGGAGUUAUCAGUUUAAUGCACUUGACAGUUGUUGGGUGUCGCCGAGCUUUUUGUGCAACCACACCCUCUCUGCAGCAGUGUUGGUCAAGAUGCUGGUUUUGCUCCUGAAAGAGCCAAGAGAUGGAGACUCUGGGCCUGAUCCUUACAUCAAGGAGCUGGCAUCACAUGGCCUGAAAGCGACCCUUUUUCCUGUGCUGUCUUUUAAGUUUGUCUCAUUAAAAACCCUGUCAGAUAAGCUUUUCCAGCCAGAGAAGUAUGGCGGCCUCAUAUUUACAAGUCCGAGAGCGGUGGAAGCUGUGAAGAUGUGCAUGAAGGAAAGACAAGAAGAAUGGAGCAGCUCAGUGAGGGACAAAUGGAGCACAAAGUCCGUGUAUGUGGUGGGGAAAGCAACCGCCGCUUUAGUGGGCGGUAUCGGUCUAAACCCCCUUGGCGAGGACACGGGGACGGCAGAGGUCCUGUCGCGGGUCAUUAUUGAACGGGAGGACAAAGAUAUUCCUCCACUUUUCUUCCCAUGUGGCUCCAUCAAAAGAGAAGUCCUACCAACGGCAUUAAGGGAAAAUGGGUUUCCUUUAGAGACGCUGACUGUCUAUCAAACAGCAGGGCAUCCAGAUGUGGAGAAAAAUCUUUGCAAUUAUUUUGCAGAGCAGGGCCUCCCGGCCAGCAUAGCUUUCUUUAGCCCGUCAGGAGUCACGUUUAGCCUGGAGACCGUGCGGAGAUUAGCUGGUGAGCGGCUUGCACAAAUAAAGUUUGCCGCCAUCGGGCCCACGACACGGGACGCCAUGUUGGCGGAGGGUCUGAGCGUCAGCUGCACGGCGGAGAAGCCAACACCGGAGCACUUGGCGGCGGCUAUGAGCAAAGCGCUAAAAUAACCAUCCAAACCAAUCACAAUGGAAAUAAUAUCAGUUGUCUUUAAAUUGUAUUUAUUUGCCCUGCGUCCAAGUGUAUAUAUGAUAUUUAUUGUUAUGCUUUUGUGUGGUUUUGUCCAAAAUGCGGCCUGGGGGCCAUUUUCGGCCAGCUAUUUUUUAGCACAGUCUACAAAUACUAUUAAAAAAAAAAAAAACAUUAAAAA